AUGUCCCGCGACUCCUCCCACACCCACCUCCACCUCCACCGCUCCCACCACGCCGACCUCCUCGAAGACUUCACACGCGCGCUCCCCACCUCCCCAAACACCACCAACCCCUCCCUGACCUCCCCCGCCGCCCUCAACACCUCCACCCCCCACGAACCGGGCGGCAACCUGCCCCCCGAACCCAUCUACGUCGCGCCGGAGCACGAGCCGCUGAACCCGGAGGACGAGGACGACGUGGUUCCGGACCAGCAUGCGGCGUUUGGGAUCACGAGAGCGACGCAGCGGAAGCGGGAGGCUGCGUGGAGGGAUCUGGGGCUUGAGGAGCUGGUGGGACGGGGGCCGGUCGAGGCGCCGAGGAUAGGGUUAGGGCAGUUGGGAGCUGCGGCGAGGGGAGGUGGUGGUGGGAGCGGGCUGCCGAGGUGA